UAAAGGAGAUCUUCCCAUUGCAAGCGCUACAGUUCUGCUUCCACAGGGAAGGUUUCCCCAAUUUUCAAUAAGAAUUCCAGUCUUUGUUUCUGAGAGAGAAACUGAGAGAAGAGCAACAAGAAGAAUGAAUGCUUCUGUGAUAAAUGCUCCCCAGAGUCAAUUAACAUUCAGGGAUGUGGCUGUGGACCUCUCACAGGAGGAAUGGGAAUGUCUAGACUGUGUUCAGAGGGCAUUGUACAUGGAUGUGAUGCUGGAGAAUUACAACAACCUUGUCUUUGUAGAGAACCAUUGCCUAUGUGAUAAAUAUGAGAAGGUCUUGGAUCACGGCACAAAGCAUAUUGUCUAUGAUCAUGUGAAUAUCCAAGAGAAGCCUUUUCAGUGUAAUGAGCUUGGCACAGUUAUUCAUGAAUCUUCUGAAAGUACAACGUAUGACAGAAAUGACAUUGCAGAAAACAGCAAGAAGGACAGAUUUGUUAACUACAGACAUGCCUCUGCUGAAUCAUUAAAUAUCAAUAGACAUGUAAGUGGGAAUACUGGAGAAGAAUCUUACAAUUACAAAGAAUGUGUAAACUCUUUAGAUUCCUGCUCUGUCAUUAGUCAACACCCAAUAGUCCAUACAACAAAAAAAGAACACAAAAACACAGAGUAUGAUAAAUCUUUUGACUCUAAACAUAAAUUCAUGCGGAAACAAACCAAUAGCAGAAAGAAGCCACACCAAUGCAGGAAAUGUGGAAAAUGCUUCAAGUUUUACACAAGCCUCAGUAGACAUCAGAGAGCUCAUACUAGAGAGAAAUCCUAUAAAUGUACAAAAUGUAAUAAAUCCUUCCUGCAUUUGUCCCAACUCAAAGUACAUUACAAGAUCCAUUCCAGAGAAAAACCCUUCAAAUGUACAGAAUGUGGUAAAUGCUUUUUUCAUACAUCAGACUUGGAAAGACAUUACAGCAUCCACACUGGAGAGAAUACUUACAAAUACAGUGAUUGUGGCAAAUCCUAUAUCUGCUGCUCAGAUCUUACAAAACAUCAGGAAACUCAUGGAGGAGAGAGACUUUCUGAAUGUAAACAAGGAACUGGGCCAUUCUAUACAUGGUCACACCUUGAAUACCAGUUUAGAACCUUUACAGAAGAGAAACUUUACAUAUGUAAUGAAUGUGGGAAAUCCCUUUAUACCUUUUCUGGUCUUAAAAGACAUCAGAGAACUCACACAGGUGACAAACCUUAUAAAUGUGAUGAAUGUGAGAAGUGCUUUACUGCGAAAGGCAGUCUGAGAACUCAUCAGAGAAUACAUACAGGAGAGAAACCUUACAAAUGUGAUGAAUGUGACAAAUCCUUUAUCCAGAAAAGCCAUUUUAGAAUUCAUCAGAGAAUACAUACAGGAGAGAAACUUUACAAAUGUAGUGAAUGUGAGAAUCUCUUUAUCUGUGUCUCUCAUCUUAGAAGUCAUCAGAGAAUACAUACAGGAGAGAAACCUUACAAAUGUAGUGAAUGUGAAAAAUCUUUUACUCAUCUUUCAGACCUUAGAAGACAUCAGAAAGUUCAUACAGGAGAGAAACCUUAUAAGUGUAGUGAAUGUGACAAAUCCUUUACAAGGAAAUUCUAUCUUAGAACUCAUCAGAGAAUACAUACAGGAGAGAAGCCUUACAAAUGUAGUGAAUGUGACAAAUUCUUUACACAGGCCUCAGAUCUUAGAAGACAUCAGAAAAUACAUACAGGAGAGAAACCUUACCAGUGUAGUGAAUGUGACAAAUCCUUUACCCAGAAAAGCAGUCUUAGAACUCAUCAGAGAAUACAUACAGGAGAGAAACCUUACAAGUGUAGUGAAUGUGACAAAUCCUUUAUAAGUAAAUUCUAUCUUAUAACUCAUCAGAGAAUACAUACAGGAGAGAAACCUUACAAGUGUAGUGAGUGUGACAAAUUCUUUACGAGGAAAUUCCAUCUUAGAACUCAUCAGAGAAUACAUACAGGUGAGAAACCUUACAAAUGUAGUGAAUGUAACAAAUCUUUUACCAGCAGCUCUGUUCUGAAAAAACAUCAGAAAAUACAUACAGGAGAGAAACUUUACAAAUGUAGUGAAUGUGACAGAUUCUUUUCCGAGAAAUGCAAUCUUAGAACUCAUCAGAGAAUUCAUUCAGGAGAAAAGCCUUAUAAAUGUAGUCAAUGUGGGAGAUCCUUUAAUCAGAGAGCCAGCCUUAGAGCACAUCAAAACAUCCAUAUAAGAGAAGCUUUGAGAAUGUAAUGUAUGCAGAAAAGUUUUUACCUGAUUCUCAAGUCUAAGAAAACACUUGAAAAUUCAUAGCUGGGGAGAAAAAUUUCCAUAGGAAAUAAUGUGGCAUGUGCUUUUUCCAAGCUUUAUCCUUAGCCACUCUUGAAGCUUCACACUGGAAAAUCAUUAUGAACAUGAGAAACUUGUGAAAACCUUUAGUAAUGUUUGAUCUUGGAAAUAAGGGGUUAUGUUGAGGGAAAUUCUGAUAGUGUGACAAUGUAUGAAAAUUUUCAUUAAAACUUUUUACUUGUUCAGCCUCAAAUAUUUCAUACUGCAGACUACAUGCAGAAGCAUGAAGAAUAUGCUGUUUUAUAACAGUUUUCCUAGAGACUGAAAUGAUCCAUUCUGAAGGGAAGCUGAAUAAGGCAGGAAAUCCCCAAAACUGACAAGAUUCCAUAUGUUUAACUCAAAUAAAGAAACGCAGACAACCCAUACCCCUUAGAAGAGGAUUUGACACAUUGAGUCACCAAGACUGGAUGCUUUUAUCCUGUAGAUAUGCCUAUAGGUACUCUGGGAAUCCAAUAUUCAUUAGGUGUGGUUGUAUUUUAAUGAUGGCAACUGUCUUUUUGUCCCUUUUGCUCUAUCUAGUAAAAUACUCCAUCCCCAUAUUCCUUUAAGGCAAAUAAAGCUGAUUGGUGCAACAAGUUA